GCCUGGCCAGUCAGUUUGAGCCAGCUGACCAGGAGUUUGGAGCAGGUCCGGGCUGACGUCGCCGCCCAGAUGGCCUCCAGGCUGCUGACCCCGCUGACCCUCCUGCUGCUGCCGCUGUCGCUGCUGCUGCUGGCCCGGGACACAGCAGCAUCAAAUCCAUAUGCAACUAGCCCCAGCUUGGUGGCCCCAGACAACGGGCCAGGAGAAAAUGAAGGGAGCAUCAGGCCCGCCGAGGACCCCGAGAAAGUCUACAUCGAAUACAACUAUGAGGAGGACCCUUCCAUCCUGCAAAGCCUGGAGGAGCUGAAUACCACUCACUGGCCCGAAGUAAUAGCCAGUAGCACCGCUGAGCCCACUUCCCAGUCUAACGGGACUCAAGCUGCGGAACCAGAGACCCAGCCCACCGCUGAGCCCUCCACCCAGCCCACUGCCCCUCCAGAGCCCAUCUGCCCGGGACCUGUCCUCGCCUGCUCCCCUCUAGAGAGUCAUUCCGCUGAAGCCGUGCUGGGGGACUCCUUGAUGGAUUUCUCCGUUGGACUCUACCACGCCUUCUCGGCAGAGAGGCAGCCCGAGACCAACAUGGCCUUUUCCCCUUUCAGCAUCGCCAGCCUCCUCACUCAGGUCCUGCUUGGGGCUGGGAAUGUCACCAAGAAAAACCUCGAGCGUGUCCUCUCCUACCCUGAGAACUUUACCUGUGUCCACCAGGCCCUGCAGGCCUUCACCUCCAAAGGCUUCACCUCUGUCUCCCAGAUUUUCCACAGCCCAGACCUGCCCAUAAAGGACAGCUUUGUCAACGCCUCUGAGAACCUGUAUGGCACCAGCCCCUCAGUGCUGGGCAAUGACAGUGAUGCCAACUUGGAACUGGUCAACGGCUGGGUGGCGAAGAACACCAACCACGAGAUCAACCAGCUGCUCGACAGCCUGCCGGCUGACAUCCGCCUCAUCCUCAUCAAUGCUGUCUACCUGAGUGCCAAGUGGAAGACCGCCUUUACCAAGAAAAACACCAAACUGCAGUCCUUCCACUCCAGAUCGUCUGUGAUCAAAGUGCCCAUGAUGGUCCACAAGAAGUACCCCGUGGCACAGUUCACCGACCGCACGCUGAAGGCCAGGGUGGGCCAGCUGCAGCUCUCACACAACCUGAGCUUGGUGAUCAUCAUGCCCCAGCACCUGAACCAACACUUGGAAUCGGUGGAGAAGGCGCUCAGCCCCACGGUCUUCAAGGCCGUCAUGAAGAAGCUGGAGAUGACCAAGUUCCAGCCCACCUACCUGACGAUGCCCCGCAUCAAAGUGAAGAGCAGCCAGAACAUGCUGACCAUCAUGGAGAAACUAGAGUUCUUUGACUUUGCUUACGACCUCAACCUGUGCGGGCUGACGGACGACCCGGACCUGCAUGUGUCGGCCAUGGAGCACCAGGUGGUGCUGGAGCUGACGGAGUCGGGGGUGCAGGCAGCCGCCGCCACGGCUCUGUCCGUGGCCCGCAACCUGCUGCUCUUCGAGGUCCAGCAGCCCUUCCUGUACCUGCUCUGGGACCAGCAGCAUCGGUUCCCCGUCUUCAUGGGCCGUGUGCAUGACCCCAGGGCCUGAGCCCCAUCUCCCCCACCACCGAGGCUGGCUGGGCCCAGCCCGCCCACUCGGGGCCACAGUGCUGGUACCUGCCUGGGCUGGCCCCCAGCCCCCUUCCGCCCCGCCCGUCCUGGUUGUCCACUUGCAGGACAGAUAUCCCGUGGGGACUGGUCAGCUGCUGUGGUCCCCUUGCUGUGACUUUUCUACACCAUUGUAUGCGGGGGUCUCUGACUCGGCUUCAUGAGGCUUUGCAAAUAAAACUUGGCAGACCAGA